CACCCACUCACUCACUCACAGGGGCCCACACGCAGGAAGAUUCAAAGGGAAAGGCGACGCAGCGACGGGGUUCCUCCACUCCUCCCCCCCACCUCGUAUCAUUGCAAAGGAGUGUAGUCCUCACCGAGAGUCAUCCCAGACAUGGUCGCACUCCCAUCCUCGAGCUCAUCUGCUCGAAGAGCUCCUGGGCGGUACUCCUCGUCGCUCCUGGCCCAAAUCGUCCUCACCUUUGCCCUCUUCUCCGCCCUACUCGUCACCACCUCCCUCGCAGCCCGGACCAAGGCCACCGUGGUAGAAGGCAGUGAGGCCAUCCUUCCCAUGAAGAAGCACUCCCUCUACGCGCCCUAUGUAGAGUCGAAUCUUCAAAACAAGUACUGGGACUUUGGCGGAGACGCAAUCGUAGAUACAAAUCGACACGUUCGGCUUACACAGGACAAGCCUCACCAGGCUGGCUACCUCUGGAGUAGGACGCCCAUCAACAAUGACAACUAUGAGAUUGAAUUUGAAUUCAGGAUAGAUGGGAAAGCUGGAGUGACCUUUGGAGACGGUCUCGCCCUUUGGCUCACAGAUGAUAGGGCAAAGACGGGGCCGGUAUUUGGGAGCAAGGAUAGGUUCAGGGGGUUGGGCGUCUUCUUUGAUACCUAUGCCAACGCUAGACAUCCAUACGCUUUCCCAAGGGUAAUGGCCAUGAUUGGAGAUGGCAAGACAGAGUACAACGGAGCUAGGGAUGGAGGAGGUCAAGAGCUAGGAGCUUGCUCGAUUGACAUACGGAGAACGCGGGUAGCAACAAAGGGACGCCUUACAUUCGUGCGGGGCGUGUACCUAGAGCUGAAGAUCCACUACAAGGAGUGGGACACAUGGGAGCCGUGCUUCAAGAUUGAAGACGCGCAGGUGCCCAGAAAUCCUUUCUUGGGCUUCAGCUCUCUGACUGGUGAUGUCAGCGACGCCCAUGACAUCGUCAAUGUCAAGACUAGCCAGAUCGUCUUCAAGAACAGGAGCCAUGUGGAAUUGUUGGCGGAGCGACGUAAGCACUUCUCGCCAGAGGCCAUCAAGUCGGCCAAGGCUGGCAGUGACUACACGACGGCCUACCGUGCUAGCAGCUUCGUGCACGGCGUGUACCACCUGAUCGUCUUCUUGGUCAAGUGGGGCAUCGUCGUGGCUGUUCUGGCCGCCCUGGUGAUCCUUGGGCUGAGGUAUAGGAAAAAGAGGGACGUCAAGAGGUUCUGAGUAGUGGCAAGAGGGGAGGGCACGGGAGAUAGGGGCAGGCUGGAUGAGCCGGUGGAGUGAGCCCGUCUAUUCAACAUGGCUCAUGAAGAGCUCUGUGGCUCAAGAGUCAAUAUCAUGAAGCUGUCAUCACACCUGUCA